UUUCGCAUCGAACGAUAAUCAUUUGCCAUUCUACUAUCUUCCGGAAAACUGAUCUGUUGUUUUGUUCGUAUUUACUUCGCUUCCUUUUGCAAUUAUUUCGUACGUCGAGUGAACUAGACAACAAAAAAAUAUGCCGAAAGGAUACCUUCGUCCGAUAUUGAAGUCACGAACCAGAAUCCUCUCACAAGUGCAGAGUGAAGCUUCCACCGAACACAAUCGCGAAAAAGAAAAUCAAAUGUCGUCGCCAAUAAUUGAAGAAAAGGAACUCGAUCGACCUAGAAUUAAACGUACAGAUUCGAAAAGAAAACCCUUCACCUGUCGUGUUGCAGUAUUCGAAGAAGAUGGCGAUGCGAAUAAAAAGCCAAUGUAUCCUAAACACUUGGUUUACGCUGGUGGGAAAGACAUUCAGUUGGAAGAGAUCAGAUCGAUGCAUUAUUGGAAUAAAGUGAAAGGAGCUGGAAUAGAUAAGUGCACUCAAACUGAACCCGAGCCGAUGAAAGUUAUCCCGAUGACAGAAACUUGCACGCAAACCGAAUCAGAAUCUAGCUCUACUUCUGUAAAAGAAAUAGCCAUUCAAACCGAUCCACCUGAAUCGAACGAACAACCGAACCACAACAGUCCGAAAGUGUUUACGUCAAGAGUUACGACUCGAAGUUCGGCUAGAGCUAGAGCUGCAUCCAAAAUACCAGCUGCUACGUCUGCGUUAAAAAACGUUAUCAAAGAGGAACCUCCGGCUCCAGCUCUGAAUUCUGCAACGUUCAUUAUUCCUAAAGAUAAAAAACAAACUGCAGCCAAUUCGAAGAAAGGUGCACAAGUGCAAGUUGCGGAAAAGUUACUUACUGCUGAGCAUUCCGACGAAGACGCUGAUGAAGAUGACGAUUUAACGUACAGUACUAAAGCUUUCAAAGUUAUACCAUCUUCGACUCCAUCUUCUACUCCUUUUCAAGUUCUGAAAAAUAAAAACAAAGGUAGAAGAAAAACAACGAAAAUCGAUACACCUUGAUUCAUAAGAUGAGUCUGAAUAAUUCUAGUACCGAAGAAUGAGAUACUGAAUCUUGAAAAGUUGCCAGUCUCUCGUUAAAUUACCUACUUGUGGAUCUCUAAAUUGCGGUUUGUCAAACAAAACGUUUCGUCUUGCCAAACAGGCAAUUACCUACUCGAAUUCAAUUUUUUUACACGUUUUUUAUUUUACAAAUAAUAUGAUGUUUUAUUUUAUUUUUUUUUUAUUAGGAUCUUAGAAUUUAUAUGUUUAUAAUUACCUUAUCAUCGUGUUCAUUUUAAAUUACAUGAGCGUAUUCUUCUAGAAA